AUGUCGGGGGGUCGCAACGGCUUCGCGGUGGUUCCAGUUUUCUAUGGACUAACGAAAUCGGAAUUGAGGAAACAAUGUUUGAAAUUGAACAAGAUGUAUCCUGACGAUCGGGUAACGGAAUGGCGUCAGGCUCUAUUGGAAAUCGCAGACUUGCCAGGCCACGCAUCAUCUCUUGAGCUAAGCGACUCAGAACUUGUAGAGGAGAUUGUUGCGGAUGUACGUCAAAAGCUUGAUCUGACGGGUAAAAUUGGAGAGAAGGGAGUCUACGGAUUGCUGGAGGAACACUUGGGGAAAAAGCUUGGCAUAACCAGUGGCAUUACAAGAGGCAAAAUACGCCAUAAAAAAAUUCUUCUUGUUCUCGAUAAUGUGUGCAAGCCACUGGGUGCAACGAAGUUUCUUCGCGGGUUUGACUGGUUUGGUGCUGGAAGUUUGAUAAUCAUUACAUCCAGAGAUAAACAAGUCCUUGUCCAGUGUCGGGUCAACGAAAUCUAUGAGGUUCAAGGCUUAAACGAGCACGAGGCUUUGCAGCUCUUCUCUCGGUGUGCGUUUGGGAAAGAUAAACCAGAUCAGAAUCUCCUGAGUAAGCUGUCUAAGGAUUUGGUUGACUAUGCGAAUGGAAACCCGUUAGCUCUCAGCAUUUGUAGUAGAGAAUUGGAGUGUAAAGCACGAUUAGGAAUGGAGAGCACAGUCCUCAAACUCAAGCAGCAUUUAUCCGAAAAGUUUUUUGAUGUGUUCAAGAGCAGCUAUGACUCACUUAGUGACAGCGAGAAGGAAAUCUUUUUGCACAUUGCGUUUUUCUUUAGGGGAGAAAAGGUCGAAGAUGUGGUUCAAUCGCUUGCAGGGUGUGGCUUCUUUCCACGUAUUGGGAUCGAUGUUCUUGUGGACAAAAGUUUGGUGACUGUUUCAGGAAAAAGAUUGCCAACGCAUAACUUGAUCAUUGACACUAGCCUCAAAAUCAUCAGGGAUCAAACAGAAGAGAACGGGGUGGGUUAUGGAUUCUUUGACGCUUCCAACAUUCAAUCUCUCAUACAAGAUUAUGAGAUCGGAGAGAAUGGAGCGCCCAAAGCAACACCCGAGCUGGGAAAUGACGAAAACAAAGCCAUAAUCUUGGACACAUCUAACUUAGCAUUUAAAGGUCAUAUUGCGUUCCAACAUAUGUAUGACCUUAGAUAUCUCAAGAUCUACAAUUCCCAUCGUACAAAGGAUACUAAAUUUGGCCUUCAUGAGGACGCUCAAUCUCUGCCCCCCGAGCUUAGAUUACUCCACUGGGAAAAUUACCCCUCAAGAUCAUUUCCACAAGAUCUUGAUGUUCAGUAUCUUGUGGAACUCAAUAUGCCAUACAGUAAACUUGAGAAGCUUUGGGGAGGAACCAAGAGUCUUGAGGUGUUGAAGAGGAUCACGCUCAGCCAUUCCCUACAACUAGUUAACGUUGAUGAGCUUCAGCAUUCUCGAAAUAUCGAAAAAAUUGAUCUCAGGGGGUGUUUAGGUCUGCAGGGUUUUCCGGACAUGCGUCAAUCGAAACAUCUCCGAGUUGUGAAACUCUCAAUCAGAAGUUUUCCAAAGGUUCCACCGUCUAUUAGGAAAUUGCAUCUCCAAGGGAUAUUGAAUCAUUCAUCGGAGAAUCUUCAAGAAUUGACAAAUGAGGUGAAUAGCUUCUCUAGCCAAGAUCUUGGCAAGCUCGUUUCCUUUCAGCUCAAAGACUGUCCUCAUUUGAGAAGUCUGCCUGACAUGAUUACUUUGGAGUCUCUUCAAGUUCUUGAUCUGUCUGGUUGCUCCGAACUUGAGGAGACUCAAGGUUUCCCACGAAACUUGAAAGAGUUAUCUUUGGCCAAGACUGACAUAAGAGAAAUCACAUGCCACCAUCUAUCUGAACUUGUCAUACUAAAUAUGGAGGAUUGCAAAAGGCUUCGACACCUGCCAAUCGGAAUGGGUAGCAUGAAGUCUCUUGCCACGCUGAAACUGUCAGGCUGUUCAGAACUUGAGGAUAUUCAAGAUCUCCCAAGAAACCUCAGAGAGUUAUAUCUGGCCCGCACCGCGGUAAAAGCAUUUCCACCAUCGUUGCUCAAGAAUCUCUCUAAGCUGGUGGUAUUAUGCUUGGAGCAUUGCAAGAGGCUUAAGCAUCUGCAAAUGGGGGGAGCCGUGAGUAACAUGAUAUCUCUUGUUACACUGAAUCUGUCUGGCUGCUCGGAGCUGGAGGAUAUUGAUGGUUUCCCUCAAAAUCUGAAGGAGUUAUAUCUUGGUGGGACUGCCAUUCGAGAAUUGUCGUCGUCUAUUGGGGAUCUUGCUGACCUUGCUAGGCUAGAUUUGAAGAAUUGCGAAAAGCUCAGACACCUGCCAGAAGGAAUGCAGAACUUGAAUCUCCUAGAAUUUCUUGAUCUGUCCGACUGCUCAGAGCUUAAGGUAGGCAUUAACUUACCAAAAGCCAAAGAAUUACGUCUAUAUAGGAUGGACAUGCCAGUUCCAGCGACGAUGGACAUGCCAGUUCCAGCGAGGAGGGACAUGCCAGUUCCAGCAACAGAGAAUGAAGCAGACGAGAGAUCGGACGAGAGACGUGGAAACACGCGCCAACUAGCUAGAUAUAGAAGUGUAUAUCGUCGUUUUGUUGAAAAAUAUCUAAGACCUAUGUUUUAAAAACAACCCAAAGAGGGGAGAACUUUUUUAGUUGUUACCAUUUCCAAAAAAAACUUUAAAAUAAAGAUGGAUUUCUUUACAAUGUACAGUAAAACCUUUAUAAAUUAAUAUUUUAUAAAUUAAUAAUCACUAUAAAUUAAUAAUUUUUGCUGGUUUUAAAUCAGGCUAGUGUAAAAAUUGACAAAAUUCGAUAAGAUAAUAAGAUAAUACUUUUUUUUGAAACUUAUAAGUAAAAAUUUGAUC